UGCGUCAGAGCGCAACAACGACAACUGCUUCUGUUUGCGCGCGCCUUCUCCCAGUCACGCGCUCUCUCCGCAACAGCAUCUCUUCUACGCGGCUGUUCGCUCUCUGCGCUCAGUUCGUUGCACGAUCGGCAGCGACGCUAAGUUAUUUAAACGCAUUUUACAUGCAUCGCCAGUUGUAAAUCAGACGCCGCUUAAAUAAUUACAUUCGGAUGAACUGUUCAGCAAAUUAACAAUAACAAUAUAAGCGACAAAAUACCGUUAACGUUAAAAACACCGGCAAACUCAAUUCAAACGUAAAUAGUUCCGCUCUGUCGGCCGGAACAGACGCUGUGUAUAUAAUGCGCGUUUUUGUUUAUUUCAAAAUAAAAACAAUAUUCGCUUUUCCGACCACAAAAAGAACGCAUUUUUGAUAAAGAGCGAAACGAGUAGUAUUCGCUUUGUGUGUGUUUUAAGAGAGUUGCUCCACAACAACAACAACAAGCUAACAACACAAAAAUUCCCAUAACCCAGUAUCCAGAUCCAGCGAUAACGUCACCCGCGGGGACCAGUAUUAUAAAAAAGUGCUCGAAUCUUUUUGUUUCUAAACACAAAUAUCAAUUAUUAUAAUUGUAAUUCAUUUGUUGCUGCUGCUGCUGCUGCUGCCGCAUCCACGUCAAGGUUGUAACAGGAGCAGAGAGCUUUUUAUUUUUUGCUAGCCGUUCGACCGAGGAGGAGCUGUCACUCGACAGCAAACACACAUACAUAUAUGUAUACAUAGUUACAUACAUAUGCGCGUACAUAUGUAAAAUAUAACAUAGAUGCAAACAUAUUUCGUAUUUUUGCUUGUAUUGUCGCCGCGCCGCUGUUGCUGCUGACCGUCCGUUACAUUUUAGUCGCCGCCGCGAUAGCGACGCCGCGUGUUGUCGCCGCGUUUUCGCCGACCUCAAAACCAAAAAGAAGCGCAAAAAAGACACAAAACUAAAAUAUACAUAUACAAAACAAAACUCAAACACACACAUUUAGUGUUGUAUAACGCACGCGUGUGCAUUGAAUUUAAAGCAUCUUCAUAUUUGCACGCAUUUCCUUUCGGGCAACAUGAAGCGUCUGAUGACCUGGGAGCGCGAUCUUGUCGAUGCGAUGUACGAGUAUCGGCAGACGCGUUUCAGCUCGCGACGCGUGCGUAAACGUGUUGUCUUCAAGCAUGGCGAGUGCAAUGUGGUGCAAGGCAACGUGGCCAAGAGACGUCGCCGCUAUCUGCAGGACAUCUUCACCACACUCGUGGACGCACAGUGGCGCUGGACGCUGCUGGUGUUUGCGGCCAGCUUUGUCAUCUCGUGGGCGUUCUUCGGGUUCAUCUGGUGGACGAUUGCCUUUGCCCACAACGAUCUGGAGUACAUACAUCUGCGCAAUACGCAGCCGGAGCUGAUCGUCAAUAUGACGCACACGGUCUGCGUGACGGAGGUGAAGGGCAUAAUGACGGCCUUUCUCUACUCUGUGGAGACACAAACGACCAUCGGCUAUGGCAAUCGCUAUGUGACCGAGGAGUGCCCGGAGGCGAUAUUCACCAUGUGCAUCCAGUGCAUCACGGGCGUCUUCAUACAGGCCUUCAUGGUGGGCAUUGUGUUUGCCAAGCUGUCGCGUCCCAAGAAACGCGCCCAGACGCUGCUCUUCUCUAGGAAUGCGGUCAUCUGUCACAGGGAUGGAACGCCAUGUCUGAUGUUCCGCGUGGGCGACAUGCGCAAAUCCCAUAUAAUAGAGGCGCACGUGCGUGCCCAGGUCAUACGCAAGAAGGUGACCAAGGAGGGCGAGGUGCUGCCCUUCUAUCAGCAGGAGCUGCAUGUGGGCGCCGAUGGCGGCGAGGAUCGGCUGAUGUUCAUCUGGCCGACGACCAUUGUGCACAAGAUCGAUCGGAACAGUCCGCUCUACAUGCUCUCCGCCUCGGAUAUGCUCAAGGAGCGCUUCGAGGUGGUCGUCAUGCUGGAGGGCGUCAUUGAGUCCACGGGCAUGACCACGCAGGCGCGCAGCAGCUAUCUGCCCUCAGAGAUACUGUGGGGCCAUCGCUUCGUCAAUGUGGUGUCCUUCCGCAAGGAGACCGGCGAGUAUGAGGUCGACUAUACGCUGUUCAACAACACCUACGACGUGGACACACCCCUGUGCAGCGCCAAACAGCUGGACGAGCUCAAGUCCGAGUGCACGCGCAGUGCCAAAAGCGGCAUAGUGCCUUUUGCGGAUCGCACGCUCUCUGCGGCCAGCAUGUUUCAGCGCAUUGCCUCGGCCGCUUCUGUGGACCAUCUGGAUCCGGCCAGCGAUGAGUCUUUGGACUCGGGCCGUUUGCAAAUACGCUCGCAUUCCAUACCGAACGGCGUCCUGGCCAGCGAACUGGAGCCGCUGAACAACAACAACAAUAACAACAACAACCACCACAGCCACAGCCAGAGCCACGGCCACGGCCAUGGCAAGCAUGGCGCCUUGUUCACAAUGGGCGGCCACAAUAUAUCCAUAACGACGACAGCGCCGAGCAUACCCAACCUAACAAGUAUUAAUGAGAGAACCAACUCCGGUAAUUCCAUAAACAGCAGCAACUACAGCAACAGCAACAGUCUCAGCACGCUGAACACCAUUGCUCCAUCCGCUGCUCCAGCUGCUCCCGCUACGCCUGGCAAUGGCAGCGCCCGCGCCAAGCAAUCGAAUCCGCGACGACUGAGCAUCAAGCAGGAUCAGCUGCCCAUCGAUUCCAUCUGCUGAUAUUCAAACCGAGCAAAGUGAACCCAAACUGAUGUUGUAUUCUAAGUGUAGGCUCCUAGAACUCUAAUUAGACUAUACAUCUAGAUAGUUAGUUUAAGCAGAGGCCACGCAAAGGCGGCUCUGUUAGCUGUGACAUCCUUAAGAAUCCCAGAAGCCGCGUGCCCAUUCAGAUACCAGAUGCAGAUCCAUGAACCGUCUCUGGCUUGUAUUUUGUAAACAAUUGAUUGAUUUUAGUGUACUUUCUGCGUUAGUGUUAGUUUUUAAUGAAUUUACUAUAUAAAUAAGCCUCAAAUUGAUAUUAUAAACAAAUACCAUGAACGAUAUAAUGAAACCAAAAUGCUGCAACUUCCUCGUAUGAGCGUAUAUACCCUAUACACUUAUCCUCACAACAAUGAUAUAGUGCAAAACAACAUGUUAUAUGAAUUGUAAAGCUACCUUAAACGAUAAUUGUUCAAUAUCUCAAUUACUCAAUUAUUAACUUAAUAUAUAUGUAUACAUAUUCCAACAAAAAAAAUGCAGAUUGAGCUUUGAAUUGUUAUUAAAUACUGUGUGGACAAUAAAUGGAAUGAGCAUAUGUGAAUGUUAAUUGAUGUAUUUUACCUACAUAUUAAGUGUCACAAAGAUUGUAAAAAUUAAAAGACCGAAAAUAUACCUGAA